AUGUCGGAGUCGGGACCCCAGCCUUUCAAGCACCUCGCGGUGCCCCCGCAGGAUGUAUUCAAGCCGGACUUGUUCAAGGACCAGGUCGUAUUUGUGACCGGUGGCGGUUCGGGUAUCUGCUAUAAAAUCGCCGAGACGCUUAUGCGUUUCGGCGCCAAGGUCGCCAUCGUCGGACGCAAGGCCGACCGCCUGCGCGCCGCGGCGGAGCAGCUCGAGCGCGACACGGGCUCCAAGGCGAUUGCUACGCCGGGAGAUGUGCGCAAGAUUGAGACGAUCGAGGAGGCGGUCAAGCAGACGAUCGACGUCUACGGCAAGAUCGACCACGUCAUCUGCGGCGCCGCCGGCAACUUUUUGGCGCCGAUGAUGGGUCUGUCCUCGAAUGCGUUCCGCGCGGUGGUCGAGAUCGAUCUGAUUGGCACAUACAAUACGGUGCGCUCGACAAUGGAGCACGUCAAGAAAAACCACGGCAACUACAUUCACAUCUCCGCGACGCUGCACUACUCCGGUCUGCCGUGGCAGGCCGCGCCUUCGGCCGCCAAGGCGGGCGUCGACGCGCUCUCGAACGUGAUUGCCGUCGAGCUCGGUCCGUUUGGCGUGCGCAGCAACUGCAUUGCGCCGGGCCUCAUCAACGGCACCGAAGGCGCCGACCGUCUCGUGCCUGAGGGGCGCGACGAGUUCGUUUCGGGCUUCACGCCCGUGCAGCGCAUCGGCGAGAAGGACGACAUCGCGAACGCGGUCAUCUUCUUGCUCAGCCCGGCCGCCAGCUGGAUUUCGGGUCAGAUUCUGGUCGUCGACGGCGGCUCAACGCACUUCCGCGGGCCCAUGCUGCCGUACCCUGAUUCGGUGCUGGACCCGGUUGCAUUCAAGAGCCUCAUGCCAGGAUCAAAGUUGUAG